AUGGCAAUAGCACAGCUCACAUUCGAUCAAGCUAGUGAGCUGAUCCAAGGUUGGUAUUUUGAUAUGAGUGUGGAGUUUUUAGCCGACGAUGAACUGAAUUAUGAAUUGACUGCCCGUUCUGUCAGUUUGUCUAUCGGUCUCGAUCGCUCACGAAAACGCAAGUGGCUGCGAGACCAGUUGAAGGUGGAAAGGGAUGAUCCGUCGGGAAAAUGCCCACGAAGAGUAGUGGGUGAUCCUACUGUGGAAGUCGAGGUUUGUACGCAUAAGUUUACCGAGUUGAAAUCGUGUUUGGAACAGGAGGAUGAUGAGGAAAAGAAGGUUUGUUCCACUAGAAUGGUACACGUCGGUAUGCGUUUAGUGACUGUGUUGAGGGACUCGCGGGGGUCGCCCAACUUGCACAGUCAAUUGCAAAAUACGGUGGUUGAAUUAGCGGAGGUUCUUGAACAUUUCUUUCGGGGUUCUGCUUCGUCUUUGCAGAGUGAUCAGCAAGAGGGAAAUGAUAUUUUAGCUCUGUUGGAUGCAGACAAAGCAGAUGAAAAUCCUAGACCGAGAGUUUCCGUUCUUAGUCAGGAUGACCUUGACUGGAUCCAUUCGUUGCAAGCGAGAAUUACGGAUCUAGAAGCCGAUUUAGCUCGACGAAGAGAAGUAAAAGAUGCUGUAACUCAAACUCUUCCCGAUCAUGCUCAAUUUACUUCAUAUUCACAACACCCCGAUACAAAUUUCAGAACAUUUCAAAACUAUAAUUUUCCGCCAACAAAGCCUUCCAAUUCAUUCGAUACUUCAUCUAGUUACCAUAAUUUUCAAAAUAUCCCAGAUCGUACAUUACAUUCUAACAAUAUACCAAUUCCCAACAAUACAUACAAUAUUCCCUAUCAUCCGACGAGAAUUUCUAAUCCUACUGGAGCAAAUCCCGAGAUGUACAACCAUGCUUCGGCUAUCCCAUCUUUCCCUAAACGAAAUUCACCUCCCAUGUAUAGUGGUGUUCUACACAAUCCGUACCCCGCACCGCACCACAACCGUCACACUCUUCCUGUCUCCAAAUGGAACAUCACUAAAUACAGUGGUGACGAUCAAGGGCUGAAGCUAAAUGAGUUUCUGGAAAUUGUACAGGCUUUAUCCCAAGCUGAGCAUGUGUCGGAGGUCGAGCUUUUCGAGUCGGCUGUGCAUUUGUUUGUUGGUUCAGCGCUCAAGUGGUAUAUGGCACAAAGAACCACUGGUAGAUUGAUGAAUUGGCAGCAUUUGGUAUUUGAAUUAAAACGCACCUACAUGCACCCUGAUUUGGACGCGUUGAUCAAAAUGAAAAUUUACCAGCGUCGUCAACAAAAACAUGAAUCUUUCCACGAGUACUAUUUCGAAAUCGAGAAACUGUUCAGAACCAUGAGUGUUCAGAUUCCCGAUUACGAAAAAGUACAGAUUCUACAGCAGAAUAUGCGAGUAGACUACAAGCGACAAAUGACAUUUAUUCCGAUAGUCGUCCUUGAAACACUUGUUGCUGCUGGACAGAAAUUAGAUGCAUUAAAUUUCUCGGCAUACAACAAGGUUUUCGGGACGGACAGGAAUGUCCAAGUGGUCGAAAGCUCUGAAAACAAUUCGAAGAAAAAAAACAAGAACCAAACCCAGACUCAACAGGUGAUAGAUCAAACCGCAGCAGUGUCUCAGGUCAACCAAAAUAGAAACAAUUCACACACAUCCACUAAUUCGUCUCGUCCCAAUCAACUUCCCAACAAAAACAACCAAUCCUUACCGAACACCCAAACGAGUCAAAAUUCGUCUCAAAAUACCGCCCGACCAGAUCCGGUCGCGGUGCCAUCUGGGUUCAAUUCUCGUCCGCAGUUCACGUUGGAAGAAUUGAUAAACACGCACAUUCCCCCACCGGCCAAUACCUGCUACAAUUGCGACACCCAACGCGUAAGUCAAGACCGUUUUCUUCAAUGUACGCCUCCCCCUUACUGGGUGCAGGCCACCAGAGAUAUUUACCCAGAGUCUACGGAAAUUCUUCAAAUUACCUACCCUGUCCCCCACGAUAACCGGCCGUACGUACACGUAAAGAUUUAUGGUUACCCGGUACGUGCUCUUCUGGACAGCGGUAGCAAUCAUACGCUUAUCAGCGAAACCCUUUUUUCGCAAUUGAAGUACAAAAAGUUGCAUCGUCCCUCCAAAAACGUGAUUCUACGGUCUGCAAGUGGAGAUGAACUGCAAAUUCAAGGUCAGGCCCAUCUUCCAUUUGCUUUCCAAGGAUGUGUGAAAAUAGUUCCUACUUUGGUAGUUGCAAAUCUGUCCAUAGAUUGUAUCUGCGGAAUGGAUUUUUGGAGGAAAUUCAAAAUUCAGCCCGCGAUGCAAAACUGUGGAGGGAUUGAGUCCACUGCGUCGGCAUCUAUUACCGAACACCCUAGUUCUGCAAAUAUUUUGACCGAUGAUGAAAUUAUGGUGAUCGAGAACGUCAAAAAACUUUUCCUUCCUGCUCAAGAAGGGAAAUUGACCCUGACCAACCGAGCUCAGCAUCGUAUCGUGUUGGGAGAGGAAUGGAAAAAUAAACCACCAGUCCGCCAGUUUCCAUACGUGAUGUCUCCGAAGACGCAGGAUCUGGUAGCCGUCGAGCUGAAACGACUGUUGGGUUUAGGGAUUUUGGAACGGAGCAACUCGGAUUGGUCGCUUAACUGUGUGCCGGUCAUCAAGCCCAACAAAGUUCGGCUCUGUUUGGACGCGCGCAAGAUUAACGAGCGGACUGUUCGGGAUGCUUAUCCGUUGCCUCAUCCCGGUCGAAUUUUAGGUCAACUUCCCAAGGCUAAAUACCUGUCCACGAUAGACCUGUCUGAAGCGUUUCUCCAGGUUCCACUGGACCAAGAAUCGCGGAAGUACACGGCCUUUUGUGUACAGGGUAAAGGGCUAUUCCAAUACACACGGAUGCCUUUUGGGUUGAUCAACAGUCCUGCUACGUUAGCACGACUGAUGGACAAUGUCCUGGGCCAUGGGAUGCUUGAACCGUACGUCUUCGUCUAUCUCGACGACAUUGUUGUGGUGACGGAGACAUUCGAACACCAUGAACGCCUUCUAGUGGAGAUUGCACGUCGCUUAAGGGAAGCAAACUUAAGCAUAAACCUCGAAAAGUCUAGGUUUGGAGUGUCUGAGAUUCCCUUCCUGGGAUAUCUCCUUAAUACCGACGGUCUUCGAGCCAACCCGGAAAAAGUUCGUCCUAUUGUCGAAUACGAACGGCCCAAUACCGUAACAAAACUAAGGAGAUUCCUAGGAAUGGCUAAUUACUAUCGGCGCUUCAUCUUAGACUUUAGCGGGGUGACCGCUGCACUCACAAACCUUCUGCAAAGCAAAACGAAAACCAUCCGUUGGAACGAUGACGCCGAACAGGCAUUUUGCGAAAUCAAAGAGCGGCUGAUAUCUUCACCAGUCUUGGGCAGUCCUGAUUUCAGCAAGGAGUUCUGUAUCCAAACGGAUGCUAGUGACGUGGCGGUAGCUGGGGUUCUCACACAAGAACAGGAUGGGGUAGAGCGGGUCAUUUCAUUCUACUCCCAUAAACUGACAACGCCCCAGAAGAACUACCAUGCCGCAGAAAAGGAAGCGCUUGCAGCCAUUCUCGCCAUCGAUGCAUUCCGUGGGUAUAUUGAGGGUUAUCAUUUCACCCUAAUAACCGAUUCUUCCGCGCUGACCCAUAUACUCAGUACAAAAUGGAAGGUCGGGUCACGAUGCAGCCGAUGGGCGUUGAAUCUGCAGCAAUUCGAUAUGACCGUCAAGCAUCGCAAGGGCAAGGAGAACGUGGUUCCGGACGCCCUCUCGCGAAGCAUCGCAGCUGUUCAAGAAUCGUCGUGGUACGCGUCAAUGUCCGACAAAGUGGCUCGCCGGCCCGAUGAUUUUGUAGACUUCAAGAUCGACGAUGGUAAACUCUUCAAGUUUAUCACCGUGAACGAUAAUCCCUGUGAUACUCGCUUCGAGUGGAAAAUGAUUCCCCCGCCCACCGAAGUUCCAAAUAUUCUUCGACAGUACCACGACGAUUGCUUUCAUCCAGGCUACGACAAAACCCUUGCACGGAUCCGUCAAAGAUUCUACUGGCCUAAGAUGGCAGUUGAAAUACGGCGGUACGUUCAACAGUGUGGAAUGUGCAAGGAAGUCAAAGCUUCUUCCGUCCCUGUUGCACCUGCCAUGGGAAACAUGAAAAUUGCCACCCGCCCUUGGCAGAUCGUAUCAGCGGAUUUCAUUGGCCCUCUCCCUCGCACUCGUCGCGGUAGUCAGCACAUUUUGGUAGUUUGUGACUACUUUUCGAAAUGGGUAAUGGUUCAGCCUGUGAGGAAUGUCAGUAGUGCCCCCAUGUGUGCGAUUUUGAAAGACCAAUGGUUCCUGAGAAACUCGGUUCCUGAAGUGAUAAUCACUGACAACGGAAGCAGUUUCAUUUCCAAAGAGUUCAAGGAGCUGUUGGAUCGUUUCAAAGUUGCCCACUGGCUCAACUCACGAUAUCACUCACAGGCAAACCCGGUCGAAAGAGUCAACCGAACUAUCAAUGCUGCUAUCAGGACAUACGUGAGGGAGGACCAACGCCUUUGGGACACUCGUGUGUCGGAGAUCGAGAUGGUUUUGAAUACCAGUGUUCACUCGUCGACUGGAUUCACACCAUACUUCAUUAAUCACGGUCACGAGUACUCUGAAGUUGGCACCGAUCAUUUACUCACCCGUCUCGAUGUAAAGCUGACUUCGGAAGAGAUGGAAGAACGACGAUCGAAAAUGUUUGAGCGAAUCUACGACCUUGUCCGCAAAAAUCUGGUGAAAGCUCACAAUGCUUCCCAACAUCGCUAUAACUUACGUCACAGAAAAUUUUCCAAAUCGUUUGUAGACGGCCAGUUGGUGUAUCGGAGAAAUAUGAAACCGUCAAGUGCGGCCCAGAAUUAUAAUGCCAAGUACGGCCAACAAUUUCUCCCAUGCCGCAUCAAGGCAAAAAUUGGGUCGUCCUCCUAUGAGCUGGAGGAUUUGAAGGGCAAAAGUUUAGGGAUUUGGCCGGCUGCCCAUCUAAAACCUGGUUAG